CACAAAAAUAUAAUUACAUUCACAACUUUAAAUUGUCUUCAUAAAGCUUCCUCAAUACAUUAACUUUAAAUAGAUAUUAGUAAGAAGUCUGUGAAAGCUGGUAUGAUACAGUAUAUCUAGUCUAGUCUGAGUAGCCAAAAUUCAUGUUUUUAGAUGAUUAAACCAUUUGCACACGAAUACUAUUGCUUUCACAACUUUACAUUUUGUUCAAAAGACUUCCCCAUCCUGUGACCAUCAUGUAGAGAUUGUUUUGGAGUCUGUGAGAGGUGUUAUAUCUAGACUAGAGUCUGAGUAGCCAGACAAGUGGGAUUUUCCUCUGUGACACCAGUGUAGCAAAUUCAGGCGAGCCCAAAUAGGUUUUAACCCAGAAACGUGCACCUGUGAGUCCAGUAAUGCUGUCAUUAUAAAGCCUGCACUAAGGACUACAUUUUAUGACAAAGGUUUUUAAUACUGAUACAAAUGUUGAGCAAAAUAUACAUUGAUACAAGAAUGAGGUUUUCUGCAAUGCUCUGGACACUUACCCAGCUAUAUGGGAGUGGCAAAAUGGUGCAGUGCUGAGUCAUUGUUGGCAAAAGUACUUGCUCCCUCAAUUGCCAGCGCUGUAGUUUCAAGCCUGCACUGCAGUCACCUGAUGCACUGCUAUAGUUUGUUUUUAGGGCUAAAAGUAACAUUUCCUACUCAUCCUGUUUCAGAAAGACAGACAUGCUUCACAGCAAAAUGUAUGUUUUGUCGUUACAGACUGACCUCAUUGCCUUCCCUCUCUCUCCACUGGUUAUCCCCGCCCCUUACAUAUGUCUCUUUUCCUCUCACCCUAUCUCUAAAUCCCUUUCUUAACAGCUCAGACUUGGCUGGCUGGCGCUGUCAUUAAUCCCUGCUGUCAGUGCUUUAAAAGGUUUGCGUCACAGUCAUUACAGCUCUAUAAAAGCCACGGUGAUGCAGAUCCCACUGUGCAGUCGACCCAGCAACUCCAUCAAACAUAGAGCUGCCUGUUUCACGAGUCAUGAGUUCCAUUGGUUACGACCCUUACUUUCCUUCCUCUUCCCACAAGAGGAGGGUGACGCUGCGCAGUGGAGGGUAUGGAGGCAGUGCAGGAGGGAUGGCAUCCAGGUCGGUGUAUUCCAGCCUCUCUGCCCCCCUCUCAUCCCAUGGGUCAUCCCGGCUGCAUUACCCAACAUACAGCCGUAGCUCCUCCAUGCUGCUAUCUGCCUCUGGCUCUGCUGCCACUGCUGAACUGGACAUCAGCCAGGCGGUGCAGGUCAGCACUGAGUUCAAGGCCGUGCGGACGCAGGAGAAAGCCCAGCUGCAGGAGCUGAAUGACCGCUUUGCCAGUUUUAUCGAGCGCGUCCACGAGCUGGAACAGCAGAACAGGCUGCUGGAUGCUGAACUGCUGAUCCUCAGGCAGAAGCAUGGCGAGCCCUCCCACCUCAGGUCCCUGUAUGAGCACGAGAUCCGCCAGCUCCGUGCUGCUGUGGAGGAGGCCCGCGAUGAGAAACAGGCUGCUCAGAACCACAGGGACCAGAUGGAGGAGGUGCUGCAGAGUCUACAGGGCCGUUAUGAAGAGGAGGUAGUCAGCAGAGAAGAGGUAGAAAGCCGUCUGAUGGAUGCAAGGAAGAGGGCGGAUGAGGCUGCUUUGGGCCGUGUUGAGCUGGAGAAGAGGACAGAGACACUACUGGAUGAGUUGGCCUUCCUGAAACGUCUCCAUGAGGGGGAGAUAGCGGAGCUGCAGGCCCAGGUGCAGUACAAUGCCCAGGUGUCAGUGGAGAUGGAAGUGGCCAAGCCAGACCUGUCCUCAGCCCUCCGAGACAUCCGUGUCCAGUAUGAAAAACUGGCACACCGCAACCUCCAGUCAGCCGAGGAAUGGUUCCGCAGCAAGGUGAGUGUGAUGACAGAAGGCACCACCCGCAACACAGACAACGUUCGCAGUGCCAAAGACGAGGCCGGGGAGUACCGGCGCCUGAUCAAAACACGGAACCUGGAGAUUGAAGCAUGCCGUGGGAUGAACCAGUCCCUGGAGAAUCAGCUACAAGAGGUGGAGGAGAAACAGAGUGCUGAGAUUGCAGCCCUACAGGAAUCAAUUGGCCAGCUGGAGGACGAGUUGAGGACAACUAAGAAUGAAAUGGCCAGGUACCUGAAGGACUAUCAAGACCUCUUGAACGUUAAGAUGGCUCUGGACAUCGAGAUAGCAGCUUACAGGAAGCUGCUUGAAGGUGAGGAGAAUCGCUUCAGUGCUGGAGGACCAGGGGAAAUGUCCAGUGUCUACUCCCAAAGCCUGAGUGUUGCCCCAUCCUACAACCGCCCCAUGUUCUUCAUGCAGUCCAGCCUGAGCUCUGCUGCCCCCUACCUACGCAUGUACAGCUCAUCAUUCUCCUCUGCGGAUGAGAUUAUAGCUGCCAGUCAAGCACAGCCUGCUGAGUCAAGUCCUCAGGAAGAAGAGGGGGAAGAAGAGGAGAAGGGAGUCGAGGAAUCAGAGGAAGAGGAAGAAGAGCAAAAAGCAGGUGAUAAUGGAGAUCUGGAGAAAGAGGAAGCAGGGGAGCCUAAAGAAAAUGGAGAAGAUGAAAGCCAAGAAGGAGGAGAUGGAGUGGAGGAUGGAGCCACUGAAACAGAAGAAGGGGAUGAUAAGGGAGAAGAGGAAGAAAGCAAACAGGAAGUAGAAGUGGCAGAAGAAAAAGAGAAGCCAAAAGACCAAAAUAUUUAAAUCAAGAAUGAAUGACACAUUGAUUGUUCCCUAUCGAGGUGCUCUAUAAAUAGAUCAGUUCAGUACAAUCAAUCAGGAAACCACUGUAUAUACAGCAGAGGCCUUUAUGUUUGAGUUCAAAUAAACAGUAUGGCUGUACACUGAGUGAAGCAGAGCAUGAGAGUGUAUGCAUGUGUGUGCCUGCAAGGUGCUCUUCAGAACAAUAAAAAGCAAAUACCUGUAUAUGAAAUACAUCAAAAUAAAUUCAAUAUGAUUGCUUAAUUAUUGGGUGCGAGAAACAAGAGAGAGCAUGUGUGGAGUUUUGUGAGCAAAUACUGUAUUGUAUUAGCCUGUGAAAUAUUUGUUUGAAAAACCUAUGUGCUUUUCUGUCACCACAAUAUGCCUAUAAGAACACCAUUGUGUUCAAUACUUGAUUUGAAAUGCCUUAGACCAAAUCUUCUUCGUGGGAUCCAUGAUGUACAGUACUGAACACAAAUAAAGACAUGAAACAUGAA